GCCAAGUAUUGCCUCGUUAAUUUUCCGGCGGCGUCUGGGCGAGCUCCUACCGGCGAGGGACCGCCGCUCAUCGUCGAUACCGACUCGUGGAACGAGGUAUCAUUUCCGCUAGAUCUCGUAGACAGCUCUAUACGACGACGUCGCCAUAUCUUCGUUUCUAGCACUUCGUCCGUAGCCAGAAAAACGGAGUAGCCGUGGGACAUGCUAUAAGCACCUAUCUUAGGACUGCAUCAUUCACGGUAGAUCGCCAUUUGACUUGGCCUAAGCCAGAGGCUCAACUGGAGGAGAAAGGUGCCGUUUUUAUCGGAGACACUUCUUCGGGAAAACAAUUUUGCCCGUGAAUACUGCCUGAAGCAACUGGACGAGGCAAUUUUGCGAGCAGCGUUUUGCGAUCUGGUACCGCAACAAUGACCUAUCGUCAUUACUUCCUGGGGCUGUUGGCAACAAGCCUUUACCAUGGGAUGACCGCACAGGGCAGCAUCGGGCUCCACAUGGCCAAGAACUUCCAGGCCAUCUUGGGCGAUCCCGUCACAUUGCCGGCCACGUACUCAUCAGACUACGCCGUAGUUGCGGUAACGUGGUAUAAAGUACAGGGGAAUGAUAAGUCUAAGCGGACCAUGAUCUUUAAUUAUGCUCCAAUGGCGGGUCUAAGAGAGGCCUAUGGUACUUACGUUGGACGAGCAGACAUUGUAGACGGUGCAGGUCUAAGGAUCAACCCCACAAGGUUGCAGGAUGAAGGAACAUAUGUGUUAGUGGUCAUGGUUGCGGGAGUGCCCAGUGAAGAGGGCUUUGUAAAACUUUCUCUUUUGGUUCCUCCUGUGGUGCAAGUUGGACCCACAAGUCCUUUCGUCGUGACGUCAGGUAAAACCGUCACCCUGACAUGCGCAGUGAGGAACGCCAAGCCGAACGUGACGUCACUACACUGGAAGAAAGAUGACUUCCCAAUCGAGACCUACGGAUUCGACACGAAGUACUCCGGCGGAAACGUCCGGACGCCAUCUUUGAACAUUCAUCACGUGACCAGGACCGACUCGGGUCGAUACAGCUGUGUGGUGGAUCACGUGAUCCAGUCGGCGAGUGAUGAGAUGCAAGUUGACGUUCAAUAUCCGGCGUCCAUAAUUAGCAUGUCAGACACCAGUGCUGCCACAGUAUUCGAUCACGUGACCCUGCAGUGCGUUGCCGAUGGCAACCCGCCGCCUAACAUCACGUGGACAAGAGACGGCAUCCCAUUGGCUGCUAGGUCUCACGUCCUGUCGCGUGACGUGCGCGCCAGUUCUGUGAUCCUGCGUGACGUCCAGGUGAACGACACGGGCACGUACCUGUGUGCGGCGGGCAACUUCGUUGGCGAGGGGGAUGUGAAGAAAUUACAUCUCAAGGUACAAGCUCCGGGAGUCAGCAUGUCAUCCACCACGAUCGCCAUCAUCGUAGGCUCCACAGCGGGCGGCCUGUGGCUGCUCAUCUGCAUAGCGAUCUGUGUGUACGGUGUCAGGAGGCGGAAAAGGGCGAAGGAGAAGAAGAAGUUCGCGUUCUACUACAACAUGGGUCGCCGUGACCCGCCCGUAGGAAAGAGUCCCAAACGAACUAAGGGAAGUGAACCGCCGCCCUAUGUUGUAUUACCAGCAAAGCCCGUGGGGUCCAAAUCCACCUACGCCGGGAUAAACACGAUGAGGAAGACUGCAGCCCUCAAAGGCUCGCGGCGAUUCGCCAAGGCCCUGUACUCGUACGUGCCCCACGAAGAGAACGAGCUACGCUUGGAGGUUGAUGACGUCAUCGAGGUGCUGGAGGGGGAAGAUGGCGGCUGGUGCUUGGGUUACCUGCGGGGCAGGAUAGGCCUCUUCCCCUCCAACUAUGUCAAGUUCAUACAGGAUCGGAGAGUUGUGGCAGCUCGCCAGAUUGCCGAAGCGGAGGAAAUACAGAUGAAGCGGAGUGUUUAAAGGCGACGUCUAAGAUGGAUCACUGUUGCCGUACGAGACUCAGAAAGUUGUCUCUCGACUCAAGCUACUCCAUCCGUAUACUUCACUCGCGGGCAAAAGUGACGGGUUGGCGCGGUAUCAAAGUAUUUCAUCAAAAUACACUUCACCGUUUGAUACGGUUGUGUGUACAGAAGAAGAAGACAGGCAUUUGAUGGCUAAUAAUACGCUACUGCAUUUCUCGCAACGUCGCAGUACGACAGCAAACUGAUUAGGGUAUUCGUAUAAUAGUUGUGAGUGCAAAUUUUAAUUGUCUUGUGGCAGAAAAGGCUAAUUUACAUCCUUCUUGCUUGUUUUUGGUUCUGUCACAGCCUGCUUGAAAAGUUAACAUCAAAAUUGUAUGACCGCUCACGACAAAUGUGACUGCGAGAUGUAACUAGUACCCAUCAAUAUACGACAACGGUAAUACUUGAAGUUGAAUGUAAGUUCAUCUGUGACGGUAGCCAACCUUCCCUCAACAGAAACGGGGGCCGAUAUCAACU